AUGGUCGCAAUCGUAUCUAUCGCAUCUCCCGCUGCAGUCAUUUUAAACAUUUUGGUCAUCGCAGCAGUAAGAUCAAGGAAGGAACUGCAAAAAAAUCCAAACAUUCUGUUGUCGAGCAUGGCUGUUGCGGAUAUUUUGGUAGGUGCUAUAAACAUGCCUUUAUCAGCCACUGUUGACUUUGUUAUUUCCCGGCAAGUUUUUGAUGAUCGUAUUUGCUUAGUAGACUUGCUGAAUGUCUACUUUAUGCACGCUUUAACAACGUGUACCCUAUACCAUUUGAUCCUUAUCGCUUGGGAGAGGAACCAGGCAAUACGGAAUUGUUAUGAACACAAAGUGAAAAUGACGAGAAGCCGCCUGAAGAAACUCGCCAUAACAGCUUGGUUCUUAGCCGCGUUAACACCAAUUCCAGGCAUUGUGGUAACAGCCCAGGGCAUAAACUAUGAUUUUAUCAUUGAGGCAAUCUCUGCAUUUUUCUUGUUAAUUCUGAUCUGUCUAAUCCUUUAUUUUUACCUCAUGGUGUAUCGUGAAACGCGCAAAAGUAGACUGAUUACCCAAGUCACUGUUCUGGUGAAAACAAAACUCGAAAACAGAGUUGCGAUGACAUGCGCAUUGGCUUCAGCGGCUGUAAUUCCUUCCGUUGUUCCCAUAGCAACUGUUGGCUUGUUGGGAGAUUUGUACCCAGGCUUUCGCAAGAGUUCCGUCUUCCGAUCAGCAGAGACACUAUUGUAA